AUGCGCAAUAGUCUGGCAGACAUCACCAGUCAAGGCAGCGGCAUGCUUUCUGACCUUUACAAUCAAUUCAAAGACUCGACUUAUGACUAUGACAAGAUUAAAGCCGCUGUCAAGAUGGCCAGACGAGACCAUGAACCGUUCUUUAUCCCGACAGAGCCGAUUGGGGCCAUGUUCAUUCAAUGUUUCCUUACAGUAGUUGAUCGAGGCUACCCGCUCCUCAGUCGGCCUCCGCAAGAGAUGCUGUUUGACUUGGUCUUUCGUCCCUCUUCGGUGGAUAAGCGAGGAUGGGUGCUGAUGCUGAACACCAUUCUUGCCACUGCGUCGACACAGAAUCAACAGUUGUCUGAAUAUACAUUCCAACUGCGCUGGAAUGCUUGGUUAGCUGCGGACGAGACCAGCCUCUUCAUGGGACCAACCAUUCUCAACAUCCAAGCAUGGACAGUCUUCGCCGUCCAUGGACAGGAUCUGGUCACCCCCAGCCUCUGUUGGAACCUGAUCAGCCAGGCCUGUCGCAUGGCUCAGAUGAUCAAGCUCCCACUUCCGUCGGCAUCUGCGAAAAGAGACAGCGAUCUACAUUCGCGCAACCUGUGCCUCUUCUGGAGCCUCUUCAUCACGGAGAAGUCGCUGUCCCUCUCGUUCGGAUGUCCUCCAGUAUUGCCUUCCGCACUAUAUCGCAAUCUCGAGCUCCCUUCUCCUAAACAGCUCUCGGCAUAUAGACCUCAUCUGGCUGGCGCGGGAACAGACCGUCCGCCACAUGUCGAGUUCUUUGGAGCAUUCUAUUUUGUCCAAUGCACCAAGCUUGCCAUGAUCAUGGGCGACAUGUCGGAUUUCUAUCUUCUCAGCAGUCAUGACCCUGGUCGUCUUCUGGAACUCAAGAAGACACUCGAUCAAUGGAUAUCUGUCGUCGAACAGAAUGAAUCCAUGCAUACCAAUCUCGUCGCCGCAACCGACCCGGCCAGUGUCUCUAUCAGAAUUGGUUUCAAUUCCCUCAAGUACCGAUACCAUCAUCUAGUCGUCUGUCUGACAAGAGGUGACAAGUCUUGUCGUGAGACAUGCCUGGACUCGGCGAGAGCAGCGAUUGCGCUACUGAAGGGUCUCGUUGCUCAUUCUGAGGAAGUGUUCAACGGCAUUGUCUGGCAGCAGUUGUACUACCCAUUCACCCCGUUCUUCGUCCUGUUUGGCACAGUCAUCACCGAUCCGACCUCCAAGUCCAGCAUCGACGACCUCCAGCUGCUUCGGCAGACGGUGUUGUACUUCUUGGAAUUUCAAAAGGACCAUGCUUCGGCAGUGAAGCUGGAGAAGGUAGCAGAGACUUUUACCAAGAUUGCCGAAGCCUAUGUCCGCCAUGUUUUUAGAAGGCAGAGUGGCAUGGCUAGCAGCGAUAGUGUUGGUGUCAACAAGUCACACAUCCUCCCGGCCCAGCUUCGGAACGGUCCCUCGCUCUGUCCGACCACAGCGUGGCAGCAGGGGCAUACCAAGACUGUGAGCUCUGACACUGGGAUGGCAGACCAGAUGGACUACCAGCUUCGGUUGGACGAGACCAGCAACCUCGACCCCGAUUCACUCUUGCAACUCUUCUCCUACCAGGGGAACGAAACAAACAACCUGGGGAAUUUCCAGUUCAUCGAUCAUUCGGACACGCAAGAGCAUGAAAUCGGUAAUUUGAACGAUCGAGCCCUCGAAAACUACCAAGUGCCCGAGUCAGGCCAGUACGUAUCACUGCGCGACGUCGAAAUGAGCGGACGAAAACAAUUCUCGGAAUGCACAUUCGACUGGUUCGCGCUGGAGAGAUAUGCCAUGUAG